AUGUCGGUGGAGCAGUUCAUCAACGACAAGCUCCACUCGAUCGUCGGCAUUUCGGACCGAUCGAUAUGUCAGUACGUGCACGCGCUGGCAAAACAGUCGAAAACAGCCGGCGACCUUGUGCAAAAGCUGCGCGAUGCCGGCGACUUUCCCAUCACACCCGCAAUUCAGUCGUUUGCCGAAGAGCUGUGGACGCGGAUCCCCCGCGCUGCGCCGCCCACGCGUCAGAAGGGUCCAACGGCCGCAGAACUCGCCGAGCAAGAGCUCCGACGGCUGAACCGCGCGGUCGGAGUGCUCCAUGACGAUUCGGGUGGCUUCGAGGCGAAGAGCAAGGCGAAGAACAGUAGAAAACGACGGGAAAGUAGUUCGGACGAAGAGGAAAAGGCGCCGAAGAAGGCGCAAAAGACGAGGAAGGCUGAAGAAUCAGACGACUCUGACAUUGAGGCGAUAGAGGCGAAACUCGACGCGGAUCUCGCCGAAAGAGACGCGUUGGCGGCGAGAAUCAACAAAAAAGACAAGGAACGGACGCGGAAUGUGAUGGAGAAGAAUCGCGACGACAACAAGGACAAGGAGGGCAAUUCGAUGGACAAACUGAGGGAGGAGUCGAGGAGACAGUACCUGAAGAAGAGGAAGGUGGACAAGUUGGAGGAGCUGGCCGCCAUCGUGCACGACGAUCAGACCCUGUUCGCCAAUGAGAAAUUGACGAAGCGGGAGCGCGAGGACAUGGAAUACCGCAAAAAGGUGCUCGAGUACGCGACCGCACACGAGAAGGCCGGAGAUGUUAUGAAGAUCAAGAGGUACUUCUUAGAAGACAUGCGUGUAGUUUUUUCGAACUUUAGACGCGGCAUCAUGCGACUUUUUUCAAUUAGACAAAACAAGUUUCUAUGAAUAAAAUUGCAUUUUUUAAAAGAACCUAAAAAACCUCAGGUACCACCUGCCGGACGCGGGAUCGAAGCCACAAGAAUACGCGGAUGAAGAGGAGGAAGAGUUCCGGCCAGGCGGCGACGGAGCUAAAUGGGAGGAGGAGCAGCUGAUGGCCUCGAUGCUGCAUCUUGGCGCGAAGGACCGGAAGCGGAAGGAAGAGGAGUUCGAGUUGCUUCUCGACGAGCAGAUCGACUUCAUCCAGGCGCUGCAGAUGCCGGGAACGGGCGACGAGGAGGCGAAGAAGGAGUCGGAGGCCGAAAAACGGAAGAUGAGCAUCGAAGAGACGCGGCGGUCCCUGCCCGUGUACGCAUUCCGCGACGCGUUCAUCGAGGCGGUUCGCGAGAAUCAGGUGCUUAUUAUCGAGGGAGAGACGGGCUCCGGCAAGACGACCCAACUGCCGCAGUACCUUUUCGAGGCGGGCUUCUGCGAGGGCGGCAAGAGGAUCGGGUGCACGCAGCCGAGGAGGGUCGCCGCCAUGUCCGUCGCGUCCAGGGUCGCCGAUGAGGUCGGAUGCAAACUCGGAACACAGGUACGGUGGAUUUGAAUGGAAAAUCGGGAACUGUUUAGAGGAAACCAAUGUUACUUUAAUUCGCAUCGCACUGUUUUCUACUGCAAAUGUGGCCGAACUUUUCACUUUUCUUCAAACUCGGUCUCGAGAUCAGUUUCUCAACAGAGCGCGAUUGUAGUGGAAAUCCCCCCAUAAUAAAACAAAUUGCAGGUCGGCUACAGUAUCCGUUUCGAGGAUUGCACAUCAGAAAAGACGGUGCUCAAGUACAUGACAGACGGAAUGCUCCUCAGAGAGUUUCUCAACGAGCCCGAUCUCGCUUCUUACAGGUACUUUUUAAACUAAAAAUUAUCAGCUACCAUUCGUUAUUACUUCUUAGCCUACUGUAUCACCCUGAUUUUUCUUCAGAAUUUUGCAAAGCCGUUCUAAAAGUACUUCCCUAGUUAGACGAUUUUCAACUUUGUUUGCAGUGUGAUGAUGAUCGACGAGGCGCACGAACGUACUCUGCACACGGACAUCCUGUUCGGUCUCGUCAAAGACAUUGCCCGUUUCCGGAAGGACCUGAAACUGCUCAUCUCGUCGGCGACACUCGACGCCGAGAAGUUCUCCUCGUUCUUCGACGACGCGCCGAUCUUCCGGAUCCCGGGCCGGCGGUUCCCCGUGGACAUGUACUACACGCAGGCGCCCGAAGCCGACUACCUCGACGCGGCCAUCGUCUCCGUCAUGCAGAUCCACAUGACACAGCCGUUGCCAGGCGAUAUUCUCGUCUUCUUGACGGGUCAGGAGGAGAUCGAGACGGUCCAGGAGGCGCUCAUCGAGAAGUCGAAGGCGCUGGGCUCAAAGAUCAAGGAACUCAUCCCCCUGCCCGUCUACGCGAACCUUCCCAGCGAUCUGCAGGCCAAGAUCUUUGAACCGACGCCCAAGAAUUCCAGAAAAGUGAGUAAAAUUUUCUAUUUGUUUUUUAUCCAAUUCCCCUUGUAUUUUAAGGUGGUGCUGGCGACGAACAUCGCGGAAACGUCGGUAACGAUCGACGGCAUCAGUUUCGUCAUCGACCCGGGCUUCUCGAAACAGAAUUCUUUCGACGCGCGCAGCGGAGUGGAGCACCUCCACGUGGUGACAAUCUCAAAGGCGGCGGCGAAUCAGAGGGCCGGACGAGCGGGCCGCACGGGACCGGGAAAGUGCUUCCGACUGUACACCGCGUGGGCGUACAAACACGAACUCGAGGAGCAGCCGAUCCCCGAGAUCCAGCGGACCAACCUCGGCAACGUGGUGCUGAUGCUCAAGUCUCUGGGCAUCCACGACCUCGUCCACUUUGACUUCCUCGACCCGCCGCCGCAAGAGACCCUCGUGAUCGCACUGGAACAGUUGUACGCCCUCGGCGCACUCAAUCACAGGGGCGAACUGACGAAGUUGGGGCGGCGAAUGGCCGAGUUCCCGUGCGAUCCGUGCAUGAGCAAAAUGAUCAUCGCGAGCGAGAAGUACGAGUGCUCCGAGGAGAUCCUCACCGUCGCCGCCAUGCUCUCUUGCAACGCCGCCGUCUUUUACCGGUACGCCGGGGCGGAAAAAGCAGACUUGUCAAGUACAAGCCGGGAAACAUAUAGAAGAAGAUCUCAAUUUUUUUAGAACCUUAUCUUCUCAAAAAAUCUAAAAUCAGAUUUCGUUUGUAGACCGAAAGCGCAAGUGAUCCACGCGGAUUCGGCGCGGAAAGGCUUCUGGAGUCCGGCGGGCGACCACAUCACUCUAAUGAACGUCUACAAUAAAUGGAAGGAAUCGGGAUUCUCGCAGAGAUGGUAAUCAUCGUCAUUUUGCCCCAAAAACCUUUUUUUUCUAUCCAGAACAGAGACGGGCGCGGGGAAAAGCGACUAGUGCGAAUUCACUCAAGCCUUUUCGGCGGCGGGUCCCGGGACUCCCGCCGCUAUUUUUGAGCUACGGUGUCCUUCACUUCAGCUGUGUCGGGGCGUUUGGCCUGAAAUUAAAUCGCACAGCUGAAGUGAUCUACACCGUAAUCCGAAAGUCGCGGCGGGAAGGAACCGCCGCCGCAAAAACUUGAGUGAUUUUCGCGCCAAAACGCUUAACGUCGCCUUUCGCCCAUCUCUGAUCCAGAAAUCCUUUUCUACUGCAAAAACACGUGGAUUUCAGGUGCGUCGAGAACUAUGUGCAGCACAGGACGAUGAAAAGAGCACGAGACGUGCGGGACCAGCUCGUCGGACUGCUCGAAAGAGUCGAAAUUGAGCCCGUACAUACCUUUGUGGCUUUUUGGGGUUCUCUGAAAUUAUUACUUUCAGAAAUCGUCGACGGACACGAUUAAAAUCCGAAAAGCCAUCACUGCCGGAUACUUUUACAACGUCUCGAAACUCGACAAUAGCGGUCAGUUGUGUUAGAUCAUUUCCCCUGAAAACUGCUCCAAAAGUGACCCGAUAAUGAGCAACGUCAUGAUUUUCCCCAUUUUAGUCAUGAUACUAGUGUUCCACACGUAAACAUGACGACUCUUUCAUAUUUCCGGAUAAAUUUGACACGUUGAGCCUAAUUCCCCGUCAUUCGAUCCAUUUUGAGUCUUAUUAGUGAAUCAAAACAACAAAUGGCGAUUUUGCAGUGAUUUUCCAUUUUUUUAAACUAACAUUUGACAUAAAUCCAUUAAUUUAAUUUGCAGGUCACUACAAAACGGUGAAACACAAGCACACGACACAUCCGCACCCGAAUUCGUGUCUCUUCGAGGAAACGCCACGAUGGGUCGUCUAUUAUGAACUCGUUUUUACGAGCAAAGAAUUCAUGAGAGAGGUUCGACGCUUUUCCGGACGAAUUCCCCCGUUUCUACAUCCCUGCAACGCUGAAAAUUCACUUUUAGAGCUCUUAUUUUAAUUCAGAGUGAUAUUUCCCGCUCAGAAUAUCAUUUCUCAGAAAUCUAGGUCCCUUGUCAUCGUUUUUCGACAACGAUGAGAUGCGAUUCAAUUUGCUAUUCCGAUCCGAUUUGCGCCCUUUCAUCCGUUGCAGACGGCGCGUGAGAAUGCGUGGGAGUGAUCGACUCAAAAAUCGCACUCUUCGUGGGAAAAUUGUGAUGAAGUGCUACUCUUGUAGCCAGCAAAUCGUGUUAUGUGGCCAAUUGCGAAACUUUCGAGAAUUUCUGUGCCACGGAAAUGACGAAUAGCUCAGUCCUCUAGAAAUUCGUCAAAUUCGUCAUUUUUGUGCCAGAUUUUCCGGAACUUUUGCAAUUUCCAGUAGAACCUCUACCCGACAACAGUAAUCCGCUAGAGAGAUGACGUGGCAUGUUUUGAGACGCUCGUUAGACGCGUAUUUUGGUCGAUCGAUGUUUUUGUGCGAGAUUUUUGACGUUUGCCAGAGAGAGAGAGAGAGUAAAAGCCAAAAAUCACGCAAUUGUUCGUUUGCAGAUGUCCGAAAUCGAAAGCGCCUGGCUUUUGGAGGUCGCGCCCCACUACUACAAGGUAAUUAUCCGUUUGUUGCCGAAACAUUGUGUCAAACAAAAGACGUUUUUUUGCAGGGACGAGAACUGGAAGAUCCGACGAACAAAAAGAUGCCGAAGCAGCGCGGAAAAUCGGCCAAAGAGCUCGAGCGAUGA